CGUCAUCGUCGUAUGUCAACGAAUGUUAGAUAUGGUUUUCAUAUAAUUAUCGAGAUUUUUCUUUAAACAGAGCAACAAUAAUAUUAUGAUGUCCAAUUACACUGACUUAGUAAAUAAAAUUGGCAAAGACAGCUCGAGAGCGGCGUGCAAAAAGUGUGGUUAUGCUGGGCACUUAACUUUUCAGUGCAGAAACUUUAUAAAAGUUGAUCCAAACAAAGAAAUAGUUCUGGACGUAAGCAGUACAAGUAGUGACAGUGAAGUGGAAUAUGCAACCCCACUACAGACUUUACGAGAGGCAGAGUUAAGGCAGAAACUGGAAGAAAAACUAAAGAAUGCAAAGCAGAAAAAGAAAAGUAAAAAAAGGAAGCGAUCUCGGUCAUCAAGUACUUCCUCAACAAGUAGCAGUAGUUCAUCGUCAUCGUCAUCAUCAGAUAGUGAAGCCUCAGUUUCACGUAAAAAGAAACGGAAACACAAGAAAAAAUCUAAGAAGUCCAAGAAAUCUCAUAAGAAAUCUAAGAAAAGUAGAAAAUAGUUUAAGACUUUCACCAAUUUUGACUGCUCUGCAGUUAGAACUUGCACAUUUAUAUAAAUACAAACAUACAAAUACAUGUUAAUGCUAGUAUUGUGAUGACAUAAUGUUUAGAAUCAUACCCUUGUUUUCAAUAGUUUAGUAAAAGUGUCUUGCAAAAAUUAAAUAAAUUCAAAAGUUCUUCAAGGUAGUUCUUUUAUGUAAUUUUUUUUAUAUUAUUGUGAAGUGAUUUAACCUCACUUGUUGACUUAAAACUAAAAGCUAAAAAGGUUUUAACUUGCCUCCAAAUUUAGAGCAAUUCUUAGGAAAUUGGGCCUUAAUAAUAAUUAUAAAGGUAAACCCAAGUUUUAAAAAUAUAUAAAUAUUAUUAAUAAUAAGUAAUUUUAUAUUUUAAGACUGAUGUGUUCAAUGAAGUGAAAUUUAAUGUUUUCAUUAAAUAUUCUAUUUUCUGAUUU